CCGUUUUUUUUCUAGUAUGCCUUUUUCUAUGGCUCUGCGCAGUCCAUGUCGAACGCACCUAUUGUCUCUCUGUGGCUGUCUGGCUCCACCUAUUUGGCUCGGAAGUGAACACCCUUUAUGCGCACGAAGAGUGUAACCUAUUCAGCGAUCAACUGAUAAUUGGUUGGGAACGAUACACCUGUCCUGUGCUGAGGUUGAGACUGAUUUUGCGGUCUGGUGGUGGUAAGCACGCCAACUAACGAAGAGAUCCAUCCAACUGAAUUUCGUUUCUCCUCCCAUAGUGACGCAGCACUUGACGGCACAGCUCUGUUACGGAUCCGCCAUGGCCGAGGAAAUGACUUCUCUCAUGAGUCUAGAAGAUGAACUAACUUGUAGCAUCUGCCUCUGUCCAUUUGACUGUCCGGUGACAACACCUUGCGGACACAAUUUCUGUCAAGAUUGCCUCUUCACCACAUGGAAAGAAAAUUACAGCUGUCCGCAAUGCAGGACGCACUUUUCGACCAAACCAGAGCUGAAAAAGAACACGGUGCUCAGCACCGUCAUGGAGACGUUCAAACUGAGGGCAUUAAGGAGUGAUUCCAGCAUUACUGUGAAGGAAACAAUGAAGCCUGAAGAGCCUAAACCCGAGUGUGUCAUCUGUGAUACCUGUAUGCUGGCCAAAGCAGUAAAAACCUGCCUCACGUGCAUGGCGUCCUUCUGUGAGGACCAUGUAAGACCGCACAAAGAGAAUCCGAUAUUUAGCACCCAUCAGCUGUGCGACCCGCUUGGAGACCUCCGCGAGCGUAUCUGCACCGACCACAACAAGUUGAUGGAGUUCUACUGCAACCAGCAUCGCCGCUGUAUUUGUAGCAUCUGUCUGCAGCAGGUGCACAAGGGGUGUCAGUUCUCCACCCCCGACGAACAACGAGCUUUUCAAGAGUCUGACAUGAGAAACAAAUUAGGUAUGCUGGAUGGAAAAAUUGAGAAGAACCGAAAUGUCAUUUCCGAGAUGAAGAGUCAACAGAUCAGGCUGAAGGACACCGCAUCUAGCAAGAAGAAGGUUCUGGAAGGUGAGUACCAGCAGAUCCGGGAGAUGCUGGACCGGGAGGAGCGGGAGGCCCUGAACACGGUGGACCGUGAGCAGGAGAGCGGUCAGACCAAGCUGCAGGGUCUCAUGAAGAAGUUUGACCAGAACAUCGAUAAGAUGAGUGGAGCCAGAGAUGACAUCAACAACCUCCUUAGCCAGUCUGAGAGCCUGGCCUUUCUACAGGCUUCAGUGGAUCUUCCCUCCCAGGCGACCUUUGACCCCUACACACCACGGGUGAACCUAGACUCUAAGGCUGUUGCUGCAUCACAGGCCUUCGCAGCAGUGCUGAGGGAGCAUCUGUCCCACUUAUUCAACCAACCUGUGGAAGCUAGGCUGCAGAAACUAAGACCAGAACUUAGCAUGGGCAUGCGAGGUGAGAGUACCUUUGUACCACCGCUGAUAUCAAAUCCUCCGCCAAUGUUUACUGACUUCCGGAACCCACAAACCUUCCCAUUGUCUGAGCACGGCAGAGGCCCAAUAUUUGGACGAGCAGAAGUUACUCCGAGGCCCCCCAGAUCUCACAGCCCAGGAGCUGCUCUCAGAGCAGGCCAGAAAAAGAAGCCUGAUAAGAAAACGGAUUCGAAGGACCAGAGAGGUGACAAAACAAAAAAGCAGCCCUCCCAGUCUACGUCAACACCGAAGGAGCACCCAAAAGGUACCUGUGAAGAACCUCGGAACAAGGAUAAGCCCGAGCCAUUGAAGAUGCCUCCAAAUAUCACCUCGGUUGCAAAAAGACAUGACCUUUUGCAAUAUGGCACGGUCCUCACCCUGGACGGCAAGACGGCCCACAAGCGCGUCUGCCUCAGCGAGAACUUCACUGUGGCCACCGUGUCGGACGAGCCCAACGCCUACCCCGACUGCCCCGCCCGCUUCUCUGUCUGCUCCCAGGUGCUGUGCACCAAAGGCUUCUCUAGGGGGCGUCACUACUGGGAGGUCAAGAUGAGCAGCAACAACUUUGUCGGCCUAGGCCUGGCUUACAACAGCAUUGACCGCAAGGGUCCCGCUAGCCGGCUAGGCCGGAACGCCCAGUCGUGGUGCGUCGAGUGGUUCAACGUCAAGCUGUCAGCCUGGCAUGCUAGCAGCGAGACCGUGCUGGUCAAUCCUAAUCCUAGCCGCGUUGGCGUGCUACUGGAUUGCGAGGAGGGGACGGCUACGUUCUAUAACGUGGCAGAUAGGGCGACCCCCUUCCACUCGUUUGUGUUCCCCUUUGCGGAGGCGGUGUACCCAGCUUUUUGGAUUUUUUCCAAUGGCUCGUCUGUUAGCUUGUGUAAACUGCAAGCUUGAGUAUCUUGAGGAAACACACAGAUGUGCAUGCAUACACAAAUCCGUAUGAAUGCUCAGAUACUGAUAUGUGUGAGUAUCAAAUAAUCCUGUUCGUAUAUAAGAAUCUUGACCUAUCUUCAGAUACACAAAUCUUGCCUCCUGGUGUGUUUAUAAUCCCAGAGGUUCCUUUUCGUGGUAGAGGGUAAUUAUUACGCAACUCUGUUUUUUACCAUUGCCUGGACUUUGGUUCUUUUGUGAGUAUCGAUUGGAGCAUUGCCACUGAGAACGAUUGAUUGUGCUGCAUAAUAUUAACAUCAAAUGUUUGGAUCACAUUCUUUCACGUUAGGGUCAAAUGGUGACAUCUCUCGUAAAAUUGUGGCUUUUUUUUUAUUAUAGCUAAACGGGAACCUGACCCGAGAGAUUGAGAGAACCAGAAAACCAUUCAAGAUCCUGUUUUAGCAGAUCUUGAUGUAAGUGCAGCAUACACACACAGUAGAUAAACACUGUAGAUGUUUUCUUGAUGUGUGUGUCGUGUGCUGACACCAUCUACAUCCCUAGGUGAAUGAUAUGACAUACACUUACAUAUUGGAGAGUAGAAUGGCUUUCGCUGGUUUGGAGUCGGAUAUUUGUUGACAGAAAGCUUGUAAAGUUGAGCAACUUCACCGCACAUAUAGUGUGGCUGAAGUCUGGCCUGACCUUCUGUACUUGGUGUACUCAGGGUUUGGUAGUAGACAUACUGUAAAUGAGUAUGAUUUAUAAAUGCUACACCAGCUGUCAGGUUUAUGUCACACUGGCUCCACUUUUGCUUCCAUCUCACAAUGAAAUACGUGUGUGUGUGUGAAAAGUGAGGCCUUGCAUCAUCUACUUAAGCGACCUUGGUGUUUAUUUGAUACAUCACCAUCACUAAGGUCAGUUACAGGUGACAAUGGACCGGUCCUGUUCAACAUGUUUUAAGGUAUUCUUCAAUUUGCAUGUAUUACCUUAUUGAAACACUUGGACCUGCUUUGAGUAUGGGAACCCAUCAGUUCCAUCAGGGUGUAGCCACAGAGCUUGGAAGUCCACAUACAUGUUCUGUACUUAAUAACCCAAGGGACUUACUGAUAACUGUGUUGCUGUUGACUCUGUCUUUCCUGGCAUUGAAAUGACAAUGUCAAGUUCUGUAAAUAUUACUAGAAGAAGGGUUCAUGAUAAAGGAUUUGUAUACAUGUAUUGGGGUGUAUUCUGGGGCCCUAUGUCCACGGGUUGUGUAUUAGGAAUUAAAGGUUUAGUUUUCCUUUAAGCCUUACCAAAAAAAAAAAAGUGCAGUACAUUCAAUUUAACAAUGUACUGUAUACUCAUUAUGACCGUAUUCAAAUCAACGCUUGAUGGAUAAUUUGAUGAUGUUCACAUUAAAGUCUUUAUAUCACUCA